UUAGAAUAGGCUGACUUUUUUUUUGUUCCUUCCCUCUCCUUCCUUUUCUCUUUUUCCUCUUUUGAGCUUUGCUCUCUCAUUAAAGGGAGAGACAAAAAAAAUACAUUCAACUAAUACAAAAAAAACCGUCAAGCACUUCUACAACCAUGGCAUCUGCAAGCAGCUCUGCACAGGCUGCCUUUGGGCUGGGCCGGAGAAAGAAGAACCCCGGGCUCCUGGAUCAGAUAGGAAAGUUCUUUGGAGGGGACAAGAAAAGGAAGGGCAAGGGUUCUUUCCGAGGUGCUCUCUCUCCAGCCCCUCAGAAAGCGUCUGCCACCUCGCCACGUAAACGCGGAGCAGAGAACGCCGUGGUCCAUUUCUUCCGCACGAUUGUGUCCCCUGCCCCUCCUAAAUCUAGGUGGAGGGGACUAGCUGCCAAGAUAGGCCUGGGCCACCAGAAGUCAAGCAAGAAGGCCAGUGCAGGGGAUGGCAAAGGCACCCUGACUAGAAUCUUCAAAAUGUGAUGAUUUCGACAGCAAAGGUAGCAGGAGUGCUUCUCCAGCCAAACGCUGAAGGGCCCCCUCGUCAACCCCUUCCAACAACAAGAGGGUGGAUGUUUAAGAGCCCAUCAGGGAGGGGGUAAAAAGGAGGAUAUCUUGUCAUCCCCUGAAACUGAGCUGCCUUUUUUAACAACUUAAUGUUUGCUCCCCCUCCGCCCACCCGCUCAUUUGGCUGAUAGACAGCAACACAAUCUCUCCUUGCCCCUUGCCAACCAUCAUGCAAAGUGUGUGCCAGUGUGAAGUAUCUGAGAUCCUGAAGCAGCUUAUGUGUGCACCCUGAAUGACCCCCCCCCCCCCCUAACCUCUUCUCUAUGUGUACAGUUUAAGUUUCUGUCUCAUCUGUGUUGCUUUCCUAACAGAAAGGUGGCUAAACUGAAGUAAGCCUGGAGCAGCUGAGGGUAUAGGCCGGUGCAAGUACCACUGACUUGACCGUUGUUGCCGCUUGCUGAUUGGUUGAGAAGACCAGGUCGCUUCUGGGUUAGAAAAGAUCGGUUUUCUGUCUUGUCUCUGUCUGCGUCACUCCCUCAAACCUUUUUUCUGAGCGUGGCUUUGUCAACAACUUAACACUUGUUUUUUUAUUAGGGUUAUCUUUAUUUUCACGUGUUUCCCUUCUUCUUGUUUGAAGCGUCCUGUUAUGAAUAUGUUUUUCACCAACUAGGCUGGCGGGUAGCUUUGUGCAAGAAAAAAAGAUGUACAUUUUCUCUUUAGUUCACUAAUGAUUGACUUUUUUUCCGUGUCUAUAACCACAUCAUGUGAUAGUGACGUUUCCAACAUUAAAAACCAAAUCUGAACCCUGAUGUUGCAGAUGUGCUUAAUGCUUUAAUGUAGUCAGCUGUCAAUUGUUGGCCUUUUUUCUAUCACACACUUAGAGCUAAAUUCAGUUCUGAAACUGUGCCUUUCCUCCUGACUGCCAAAAAACCAAUUAGCUGUGUUUCCUUCUGGUGAAUAAACAAACAAGAAAGGUGCUCUGUGAUUAACUCUGUAAUGACACAAUGUAAGACUUUUCCCCUGAGAAUGUGCAAGAUUUGUGUAAAAAAGAUUAAAAAAAACAAAGAUCAAUGAUUAAAAAAAAAGCUCCAUCCAUUUUGUUGCUUGAGCCUUAUGUGAGUUCAGUGCGUUUCUUUCUUUUGCUGAAUGGAUCCCAGGAAUGAAUGUAAACAAGCUCCUCAUUACUGUAUGCGUAGCCUCUUAACUGAACAUUAAAAAAUAAAAAAUAAACCAAC